AACAUCUGGCGACAAGAUGCUUCACCAGAAGUCGACGCUGCUUGGCAUGGCAUUUCAAAGUCAAAUCCUCUUCUGCUUAGUAGCAGAGAGGAUAUCGGAAAGCUUGGCAAGAGUGUCCAAGGCUCGGUACAGUGGCCGUACUGUAAUGAAGAAAUACACGUCGGCAAAAUGAAUGGUUUCCACCUUCUCCGCUGUCUGAACGCCAUUCGCCAGACGGUAUUCAGCGAGUAUUACUGGCCCAACGGAACAACUUAUCCAGGCCACUUGCCACACAUCCGACAUCGCAUUGACAUCCUGAGACGGGAAUUGAUGUGCACGUUCUCCUUGGAUGUCCACACUUUGGUGUGGGUUGAGCAUUACAGUACUCCGAUGGCAGAUUUCAUGCUACAACGUCAAUGUCGUCGAUGGGAUGACAUUGUGCGGUGGAAAGAGUCACAUUAG